AUGGCACCCCAGUCUGCUCUGGCACCUUUGGCAACCCCAGCACACCCGUCCCCCGGCAGUUUUCGUGUGGGCGUUCAGCAAGCCCGCGGGAGCACACUUGCCCUCGCCUGGAAGGGAGUCUCCUCCCCGACGUGCAACCCCGUCCCACCAGCACACCAGCUCCCCACGCGCCUGGCGCACAGCUGGGGGAUGGCGGCCAUGGGGGACGGCUCGGCGGGUGCCCCUGCAGAGUCCCCCCCGGCCCAGCACGGCUCCCUCUCACCCACGCAGGCAAGAGCGGUGGCCCCAGCCCCUACGGGGCUGCUGAUGUCCAUCCCCGUCUACCAGCACAUCCACGGGCAGUUGCUGAAGAUCGACACCUCUGGCACGGCCACCCCUGCGGGGGCACCCCCGGGCAGCGACGUCCCCCCCAGCCCCUGUGCUGCCCCCCCCAACCAAGCCCUGGGGGACCCUGCAGGUGACCUGGAAGUGUCUGAGGAGAUGCUUCUGCAGGAGGCCCUCAGACUCUUUGGGUGCUCCUUGGACGCGGUGGGGGCCAGCCAGGAUGCUCCCAGCAGCAGCCCCGUGCCUGGCCACCCCGGUGGCACCAGCGGAGAGGGGACAGGGGUGGCCCCAGCCUGCCCAGUGCUGCCGACAUCCAUCCCCGGCUACCAGCACAUCCAGGGGCAGCUGGAGAUCAACAGCUCUGGCACGGACACCCCUGCAGUGGCACCCCCGGGCAGCAACAUCCCCCCGGGCAGCGACGUCCCCCCCAGCCCUUCCGCUGCCCCCCACAACCAAGCCCUGGGGGACCCUGCAGAAGACCUUGAAGUGUCUGAGGAGAUGCUUCUGCAGGAGGCCCUCAGACUCUUCGGUUGCUCCCCGGACACGGUGGGGGCCAGCCAGGAUGCUCCCAGCAGCAGCCCCGAGCCUGGCCACCCCGGUGGCACCAGCGGAGAGGGGACAGGGGUGGCCCCAGCCUGCCCAGUGCUGCUGACAUCCAUCCCCGGCUACCAGCACAUCCAGGGGCAGCUGGAGAUCAACAGCUCUGUUGCCUUUGCAGUGCCUGACGGGGUGCUUCUUGAAGAGGCACUCAGGCUCCUUGGGUGCUCCCUGGACAUGGUGGGGGCCAGCCAGGAUGGUCCCAGCAGCAGCCCCAUGCCUGGGGACACUGGUGGCACCGGCGCAGCCACCCCCGACUGGGACUUCAGCCCAUCGACGCUGCCUGAGGAGCUGCUCACCCCUGACUCCUGCAUCCCCGAGCUCAGCGACACCACGCUGAGCCUGGAAAUAUUCCACGGCAUUGGGAUGGAGCCCCAGGAGCCACGGGAGGAUGCGGGCAUGGACCUGCCACCAUCCCCGUCUGCCGUGGCAGAGGAGCGGAGGAAGAGGCAGGCGCAGAGCUCCUUGCCAAUGCCACCCAGCAAGCGCAGGGCUCUGGCAGACAACAUGGGGGUGUGA